GUCACUCAACCCGCGAAUCUAUCUCACACAUGAAUCCGAACUCGAACUUCUUCUACGCCAUUUUCAUCUUUCCGUUCGCUUUUAGCUCUCUGAUGCUGCUUCCUCUUCGACUACUAACGUAAUCGCUGCUCGAAUUGAGCUAUCAAUCGAGCGAAGAUGUUGGAAGAUCAGGUGGCAAACCUGUUGCAGAGGUAUCUCGGCAACUAUGUCGAAGGUCUCAGCAAGGAAGCGCUCAAAAUCAGCGUCUGGCGAGGUGAUGUAGAGCUGAAAAACAUGCAGCUGAAGCCAGAGGCACUCAAUGCAUUAAAGUUGCCCGUGAAGGUUAAGGCUGGAUUUCUCGGAUCAGUAAAGCUUAAGGUACCUUGGAGUAGGCUUGGCCAAGAUCCAGUUUUAGUUUACCUGGAUCGCAUUUUCUUAUUAGCUGAACCUGCUACCCAAGUUGAAGGUUGUAGUGAGGAUGCUGUCCAAGAAGCUAAAAAAAACCUAGUGCGGGAAAUAGAAAUGAAGCUUUUGGAGAGGACACAGCAGCUAAAGUCGGAAGUGAAUAAGUCAUGGCUAGGAUCCUUGAUCAACACCAUUAUUGGAAACCUGAAGCUUUCUGUUUCGAAUAUCCACAUCAGAUAUGAGGAUUUUGAGAGCAAUCCUGGCCACCCCUUUGCAGCUGGCGUAACCUUGGAGAAACUCUCUGCUGUGACAGUCGAUGAUAAUGGGAAGGAGACUUUUAUUACUAGUGGAGCUCUAGACUGUAUUCAAAAGUGCGUUGAACUUGAACGGUUGGCCAUUUAUUUGGAUUCUGAUAUUAUUCCAUGGCAAGUUGACAAAUCAUGGGAGGAUUUGCAGCCUUUAGGCUGGGAUCAGGUUUUUAGAAAUGGCACUAAGGGUGGCAAACCAUCUGAUGAUGUUGUGGAAACACAUACCUACAUUUUGCAACCAGUGACUGGCAAUGCAAAGUACACUAAGCUCCGGUCAAAUGAAUCUUCUAAUAGUCAACAACCUUUGCAGAAAGCGGUAGUGAACUUGGAUGAUGUGACACUUAGUUUAUCGAAGGAUGGAUACAAGGAUAUUUUAAAGCUAGCUGAUAACUUUGCUGCUUUUAAUCAGCGUUUGAAAUAUGCACAUUAUCGGCCACUGGUUUCAGUAAAAUCCGAUCCUAGGUCUUGGUGGAAGUAUGCUUACAGAGCUGUUUCUGACCAGAUAAAGAAGGCAAGUGGGAGGCUUUCAUGGGAGCAUGUCUUGCGGUAUGCAGGCUUACGUAAGAAAUACAUAUCUCUGUAUGCUUCAUUGCUUAAAUCUGAUCUUAGCCAGGCAGUUGUUGAUGACAACAAGGACAUUAAAGAACUAGACCGUGAACUUGAUAUUGACCUCAUACUUCAGUGGAGGAUGUUGGCUCACAAGUUUGUGGAGCAGUCAGUAGAGUCAGACAUGCAGCUGAAAAAACAGAAAGAGAAGAAAUCAUGGUGGUCAUUUGGAUGGAGCAGUCAAUCGGAUAGAGAUGAUAAUGAACCAUUGCAUUUCAGUGAGGAGGAUUGGGAACGGUUAAAUAAUAUCAUAGGGUAUAAAGAAGGUGAUGAUGGGCAGCCACUGAUAUCCCGUGACAAUGGGGAUGUGCUUCAUACUUUGUUGGAGGUUCACAUGAAACAUAAUGCUUCAAAGCUUAUUGCUGUGGCUCAGGAGUGUCUGGCUGAAUUAUCCUGUGAAAGCCUUAAUUGUUCCAUAAGGCUUUAUUCAGAGGCAAAAGUAUUUGAUGUGAAAUUAGGAUCCUAUCGGUUGUCAUCACCGAAUGGUCUCAUUGCCGAGAGUGCAACUGCUCAUGAUUCUUUAGUUGGUGUGUUCAGCUACAAGCCGUUUGAUGUUAACUUGGACUGGAGCAUGGUUGCUAAAGCAUCUCCAUGUUACGUGAUUUAUCUGAAGGACUCCAUUGAUCAAAUUGUCAACUUUUUUGAAAGUAAUACUGCUGUUAGUCAAACCAUAGCAUUGGAAACUGCAGCUGCAGUGCAGGUGACAUUUGAUGAAGUCAAGCGCACUGCUCAGCAACAAAUGAACAGAGCACUAAAGGAUCAUGCUAGGUUUAUGUUGGAUUUGGACAUUGCGGCUCCCAAGAUUACCAUUCCGACCGACUUCCGUCCGGACAAUACUCAUUCUACAAAACUUAUGCUUGACUUGGGAAAUUUUUUGAUUCGUACACAGGAUGACCAUGGAUUGGAUUCGCCUGAGGAUAUGGAUAUUUACCUGCAAUUUGAUUUGGUUUUGAGUGAUGUAUCUGCUUUUUUGGUGGAUGGGGACUACCAUUGGGGCCAAAUCCCUUUGAAUAAGUGUGCUGGUUCUGACCAUUUAGUUGGUGUUAGCUACUUGCCUGUUAUUGAUAAGUGUGGGGUAAUCUUAAAGCUUCAACAGAUCCGGAUAGAGAACCCAUCCUACCCUUCUACAAGACUUGCGUUGCGGCUCCCAUCAUUAAGUUUCCAUUUUUCUCCAGCUCGUUAUCAUAGAUUGAUGCAAGUAGCAAAGAUCUUUCAGGAGGAGGAUGACAGGAAAUCUGAUUUCCAUCGCCCCUGGAACCAAGCUGAUUUUGAGGGGUGGCUCUCUCUUCUUGUAUGGAAGGGUGUGGGAAAUAGGGAGGCUGUAUGGCAGCGGAGGUAUUUUUGUCUAGUUGGUCCUUUUCUUUAUAUACUAGAAAAGCCUGGCUCAAAAUCCUACAAGCAGUGCAUCAGCUUACGUGGGAAACAGGUAUAUCAGGUUCCAUCAGAGUUUGUUGGUGGCAUGGAGCAUGUAUUGGCUGUAUGUGAUGCCACACGAUCCAAUAGCAAGGUUGUGGAAGAUGUAAAUGCUCUUAUAUUACGAUGUGAUUCUGAUGAUUCAAGAAGAAUUUGGCACAGCCGUUUGCAGGGGUGUGUAUAUCGUGCAUCGGGUUCUGCACCUAUAACUAGUCUAUCCGAGACUUCUUCGGAUCAUGAUGACUCUGAAACAGAACUAGUUGACAACAAUGAUGUGGUGGAGUCAUCAAUGGUUGAGAAAGUGUUUAUAACUGGUGUUCUUGAUGAGUUAAAGAUAUGCUUCAGUUAUAAGCAGAUGGUAAAUUAUGAGCGAAGUUUCGUUAAGGUGCUUCUGGCUGAGGAGAGUUGUUUAUUUGAAUUCCGGGCUAUAGGUGGUCAGGUCCAGCUUUCAAUUAGAUCAAAUGACAUGUUCAUUGGCACAGUGCUGAAAUCUUUGGAAAUUGAAGAUUUAAUUUGCCAUAAAGGAGUAUCUGAGCCAUCUUAUCUGGCAAGAUCAUUCAUUGGAAAUGUAGAUGCAGCUUCAUCUUAUGAAGAUGCUGGAAGUCAGAGUUGGGGUAUCAAUGAUUUAUCCCAAAGUGAUGGAGAUGAGAAGUUUUAUGAGGCAGCAGACAAUAUGGUUGACAUUGUUGAUUAUCCAAUGCAAUCACCUGGGCGCUUGCAGCAGUCACUUACGUCUGAAAAAUUAUCAUUAAAACCGCCCAGUUUCAGUCGGAUUGCUCAUCUCCUGCCUGAUGAUGCUCGAACUGGUAGGGAGGUCAUUGAACCAACUGAUAAUCUGGAUAGCUUUGUGAAAGCUCAAAUUGUUAUUUAUGACCAUAAUUCUCUCGCUUAUGAUAAUAUUGACAAGAAGGUCAUAGUGACGCUUGCUACCUUAUCAUUUUUCUGUCGUAGACCAACUAUUGUCGCCAUUAUGGAAUUUGUUAAUGCCAUUAAUGCUGAGGAUGAAAGCUGUGAAACUUUCAGUGACAAUUCUUCACCACCCAUGAUACAAAAUGAUACCUCCAGGGAAGAUGUGGUUGAUGAUCAACAUUUGACUAUGGUUGAGGAGCCUGUUGCUAAAGGGUUACUAGGAAAGGGGAAAUCCAGAAUAAUUUUCUAUCUAACAUUGAAUAUGGCUCGUGCUCAGAUUUUGUUGAUGAAAGAAAAUGAAACUAAGCUAAUGACUUUGUCACAGGAUAAUUUGCGCACUGAUAUUAAGGUGUAUCCAUCAUCAUUUGGUAUAAAGGCUGCUCUUGGAAAUCUAAGAAUAAGUGAUGACAGUCUUCACAGCAGCCAUAUUUAUUUCUGGGUCUGUGAUAUGAGAAACCCUGGUGGCAGUUCAUUUGUUGAGUUGGUCUUUAAUUCAUUCAGUGCUGAUGAAGAAGACUAUGAGGGUUAUGAUUAUAGCCUAACUGGGCAGCUUUCAGAAGUACGCUUUGUAUAUCUGAAUCGUUUUAUCCAGGAGGUUGUUUGUUACGUUACAGGUAUUGUUCCAAACAAUUCAAAGGAUGUUGUAAAAAUAAAAGAUCAAGUUACGAACUCAGAGAAGUGGUUUACAAGUAGUGAAAUUGAAGGAUCACCUGCUGUAAAGUUAGAUCUUUCACUUAAGAAGCCUAUAAUUUUAAUGCCCCAAAGAACAGACAGCCUUGAUUACUUGAAGCUUGAUGUCGUUCACAUAACCAUCCAGAAUACUUUUCGGUGGAUUUGUGGUGGUAAAAGCGAAAUGAAUGCUGUUCAUAUGGAAAUACUAACAGUUCUGGUUGAGGAUAUCAAUUUAAAUGUUGGUAUCGGGACUGAAUUGGGGGAAAGUAUAAUACAAGAUGUGAAGGGAGUUUCUGUUACUGUUCGCAGGUCCCUCAGAGACUUGUUGCAUCAAAUACCAGGUGUAGAAGCUGCUAUCAAGAUAGAAGAAUUGAAAGCCGCUUUGUCAAACAAAGAAUACCAGAUAAUUACGGAAUGUGCAUUGUCCAAUAUCUCUGAGACUCCAAAUCUUGUACCGUCAUUGGACCAUGAUGCUGUUGCAUCUUCAAGUGAUUUGGUUGAACCACUUGUUUCUCAGGCUCCAGGUGCUGCUGAAUCUGAAACACAAAAUGGGGAAGUCUGGGUGGCUUUGAAAGUUUCUGUUGUCAUUGAUCUCAUUGAAUUGUGCCUGCAUUCUGGGGUAGCAAGAGAUGCAUCUCUGGCCACUGUUCAGGUUAGCGGUGCUUGGCUCCUUUACAAGUCUAAUACACAAGGAGAAGGUUAUCUUUCUGCAACACUUAAGUGUUUCAGUGUGAUUGAUGAUCGUGAAGGUACUGAACAUGAAUUUAGGCUGGCGAUAGGAAAGUCAGAGAGCAUUGGAUAUAGUCCUCUAUACUCCGUAACUGAUGGUGAAAACCAGCCCAUUGUUGAUGCAAUUGUUACAAGAGACAAUGGUGCUAAACCAGUACCAACAAUGGUUAUUCUUGAUGCUAAGUUUAGUCAAUCGUCAACAUCUGUAUCCUUAUGCAUCCAAAGGCCACAAUUGCUUGUUGCCCUUGAUUUUCUGUUGGCUGUUCUUGAGUUCUUUGUUCCAACUGUUGGCAAUAUGCUCUCAAACGAAGAAGAUGAGAACUCCUUAAGCAUAGUUGAUGCAAUUAUUCUGGAUCAGUCAACUUACACUCAACCCUCAUCAGAAUUCUCACUUUCUCCUCAAAAACCUUUGGUUGCUGAUGAUGAAAGAUUUGAUCAUUUUAUUUAUGAUGGAAGGGGUGGAACAUUGCAUUUACAGGAUAGACAAGGAUUCGAUCUCUUUGGCCCUAGCCUGGAACCUAUAAUAUAUGUUGGAAAUGGGAAAAAACUGCAAUUUAAAAAUGUUUUUAUUAAGAGUGGGCAGUUUUUGGAUUCUUGUAUUUUACUGGGAACAAACUGUAGAUAUUCUGCAUCAGAGCAUGAUCAGGUCUUCUUGGAGGGAGGGGAUGAAGCUCCUUAUAUGGAUACUUCAAGAGAAAGUAUUAACAGGGCACCGUUGCAAAGCAGUGCAGUUGAUCGAUCAACAGAGUUAAUUAUUGAGUUGCAGGCUAUAGGCCCUGAGCUUACCUUUUAUAACACCUCAAAAGACGUAGCGCAAUCACCAAUCCUUUCUAACAAACUUCUGCAUGCACAGUUGGAUGCAUUCUGCAGGCUUGUUUUGAAGGGGGAUACAACCGAAAUGAGUGCAAAUGCACUCGGUUUAACUAUGGAGAGCAAUGGAAUCAGAAUUCUAGAGCCUCUUGACACCUCUGUAAAAUUUUCAAGUGCUUCUGGAAAGACGAACAUACAUCUGGAUGUUUCAGAUGUAUUUGUUAAUUUUUCCUUCAGUAUUUUGAAACUGUUUUUAGCAGUUGAAGAGGAUCUUUUGGCAUUUCUAAGGAUGACAUCAAAGAAAAUGACAGUAGUCUGCUCAGAGUUUGAUAAAGUUGGAACAAUUGAAGAUCCUGGUUGUGACCAAAUAUAUGCCUUCUGGAGACCUCGUGCACCACCUGGUUUUGCUGUUCUUGGUGACUAUCUGACACCACUGGACAAACCUCCUACAAAAGGAGUUCUUGCUGUAAAUACUGGUUUUAUAAGAGUGAAGAGGCCUGUAUCCUUCAAGUUAAUAUGGCCACCCUUAAAUUCUGAAGACAUUUCUGAUUUCCAAGCUGACAAUUAUUACAGUCAAAUAACAAAUAAUGCACUUGGCAGAGGUGAUGGAAACUGUUCCAUUUGGUUUCCUGAAGCACCAAAAGGAUAUGUUGCAUUGGGAUGUGUAGUUACCCCAAGAGGAACACAACCAUCGGUUUCUUCCGCUUUCUGCAUCUUGGCUUCAUUAGUUUCUCCUUGUGCAUUGAGGGAUUGCAUUACAGUCACUUCUAGCAAUGUAUACCACUCAAGUUUGGCCUUCUGGCGUGUGGAUAAUUCUAUUGGCACUUUCUUGCCAGCUGACCCCACUACAUUGAGCUUAAGAGGCAAAGCAUAUGAAUUGCGUCAUAUAUUUUUUCAGCUUCCAGCAGUGUCUCCAAAACCUUCUAAGAGCUCUGAACUCCUACCUACUUCUGGUCAAGCUCCCAACGUACAAUCAGAAAGAUCAUCAGCUGCAAACUCUGGCAGACGUUUUGAGGCUAUUGCUAGUUUUAAGUUGAUAUGGUGGAAUCGUGGUUCAGGCUCAAGGAAGAAACUGUCCAUAUGGCGUCCUGUAGUCCCUCAAGGAAUGGUCUAUUUUGGUGAUAUUGCUGCUCAAGGGUAUGAGCCUCCAAACAGUUGCCUUGUUCUUCAUGAUUCUGGAGAUGAUGAACUUUUCAAAAGUCCUCUGGAUUACCAACUUGUUGGACAGAUUAAAAAAUACAGGGGAGUAGAAAGCAUUUCUUUCUGGCUGCCCCAAGCUCCCCCAGGCUUUGUUUCCUUGGGUUGUAUUACAUGUAAGAGUACACCAAAGAAACAUGAUUUCAGUUCACUAAGAUGCAUGCGCAACGAUAUGGUUUCUGGGGAUCAAUUUUUGGAAGAAAGUCUGUGGGAUUCAUCAGAUUCCAAGGUCACAACAGAGCCAUUUAGCAUAUGGGCAGUUGCUAAUGACUUGGGAACUUUCCUUGCCCGUACUGGUUUCAAAAAACCUCCAAAAAGGCUUGCUUUUAAGCUUGCAGAUGCAAAUAUGCCAGCUGGUUCAGAUGAUACUGUCAUUGAUGCAGAAAUUAGGACCUUCUCUGCUGCACUUUUUGAUGACUAUGGUGGUAUGAUGGUUCCAUUGUUUAAUAUUUCUUUGAGCAGCAUUGGAUUUAGUUUGCACGGGAGAUCUGAUUAUUUGAAUUCGACUGUCAGCUUCUCCUUGGCAGCAAGGUCAUACAGUGAUAAGUAUGAUGCUUGGGAGCCCCUUGUCGAGCCAGUUGACGGAUUCUUGAGGUACCAGUAUGAUCUCAGUGCCCCAGGUGCAGCCUCUCAAGUACGAUUAACCUCUAUGAGGGAUCUAAACUUGAAUGUUUCAAUUUCUAAUGCUAAUAUGAUUUUUCAAGCUUACGCAAGCUGGAACAAUCUUAGUCAUGUCCAUGAAUCGUAUAAAAAACAGGAAGCAGUGCCCCCUUCUUUUGGUGGAAGAUCAAUUAUAGGUGCUCAUCACAAAAGAGACUACUUCAUCAUCCCAAAAAACAAACUUGGUCAGGAUAUUUUCAUUCGAGUCACUGAAGUUGGGGGGCUUUCAAGCAUAAUUAGGAUGCCUCCAGGGAAUGUGAAGCCUGUCAAAGUUCCAGUCUUGAAAAAUAUGCUGGACUCCCAUUUGAAUGGAAAACUUUGUCGAAAGCUUAGAAUAUUGGUGACAAUUAUUAUAGCAGAUGCUGAGUUCCCCAGCCUGGAAGGGCCAUCUUCUCACCAAUAUACUGUUGCAGUCCGUCUUACUCCAGACCAAUGCUUCCCCAGUAGUUCAGUUCCUAAUCAAUGUUUUACUCCAGAUCAAUGCUUUUCCAAUGGUUCACUUCCUAAUCAGCAAAGUGCACGUACUUGUGGGAGCAGCUCUGAUUACUCAUUAUCCACUGGAUUAGAAUUGGUUAAUUGGAAUGAAAUGUUUUUCUUUAAAGUUGACUACCCGGACCAUUACAUGGUGGACUUCAUAGUGACCGAUAUUGGAAGAGGUGAUCCCAUUGGAUAUUUUUCAGCUCCUUUGCUGCAGAUGGCAAGAAACAUUCAUGACAUCUUAUAUUCUUAUGAUUAUUUAAACGAACUGAGUUGGAUAGACUUGUUGACUACAGAAUCUAUGAAAAUUAUUGAAGGAGAUCAAUCUAAGAAGUUGUGUGGGAAAAUAAGAUGUGCCAUUAUCUUGUCACCUAGUUCUGAACUCGAAAACAGUAAGCAGUCUUUUAUAGGUGACAGAAAAUCUGGAUUUAUCCAUAUCAGUCCCACCAGGGAAGGGCCUUGGACUACUGUCAGGCUAAAUUAUGCUGCACCUGCUGCUUGCUGGCGGUUUGGUAAUGAUGUUGUUGCCAGUGAAGUAAGCAUAGAGGAUGGCAACAGAUGCAUGAAUAUUAGGUCUUUGGUUUCUGUUUGCAACAAAACAAAUUUUAUGCUUGAUUUAUCCCUCAAACCCAAGGCUCCUAGCGAAAAUGUGAAGCCAAUAAGUGAUGUAGGCAAGCUUGAAGGGAGCCAAAGUAAUAAUGAUUUCUUUCAAAUGGAUGAAUUCUUUGAAACUGAAAAGUACAGCCCGACCAUGGGCUGGCUUGGUUGCUUGGAUCAAACAAACCAAGAUUUCUUAGAAGGAAGAAGCUUACAUGAGGUGAUAUCUGGAGUUGAGUUGCCAUCGGGAUGGCAAUGGACCGGUGAUUGGACAUUGGAUAGGAGAUCUGUUAAUACUGCUGAUGGUUGGGUUUAUGCUCCGGACAUUGAUAGUCUAAAAUGGCCUGAAUCAUAUAAUCCAUUAAAGUUUGUGAAUUAUGCAAGGCAACGGAGAUGGGUCAGGACUAGGAAAAGGAGUUUGGAUGAUGUAACACAGCAGAUACCUAUUGGACAAUUGAAUCCUGGAGAAACUAUUCCGCUUCCACUUUCUGGCUUGACACAAUCUGGAUUAUUUAUUUUGCAACUAAGACCUUCAAAUCUUGAUAAUGAGUAUUCUUGGAGUUCAAUGGUAGAUACACUUCGUCAUUCAGAAGAUUCUCAUGAACCUGAUUAUUAUCCUGAAAUUUGUGUUUCAACCCUCACCGAGUCUGACAGACUCUUGCAUUGCACUCGGAUAAGUGGAACCUCUUCAGAUCACUCCCGUGGAUUGUGGUUUGGUUUGAGUAUACAGGCAACAGAGAUUGCAAAAGAUAUUCAUUCCAAUCCUGUUCAAGAUUGGAAUCUUCUGGUCAAACCCCCACUAUCAGUCACCAAUUUUCUACCUAUGGCAGCUGAAAUUUCUGUUCUUGAGAUGCAAGCUGGGGGUAAUUCUGCUGCCUGCUCUAGAGCCGUACUUUUUCCUGGAAAAACUCUGAAGGUUCAUGAUGCUGACAUCAGAAAUCCUAUGUUUCUUUCACUGCUUCCACAAGGAGGAUGGCUGCCGAUACCUGAAGCUGUUCUCAUAUCACAUCCAAAAAGAGUUCCAUCAAAAACAAUAAGUCUAAGAAGUUCAAUUUCUGGAAGGAUUGUUCAAAUCAUGCUUGAGCAGAACUAUGACAAAGAGCAACCGCUGUUGGCUAAGAUCAUUAGAGCCUAUGCUCCUUGUUGGUUUUCUAUUGCUAGAUGCCCAUCACUUACUUAUAGGCUUCUAGACAUGACAUCCAGAAAAAACACACACAUCCCAUUUCUUUCAAAAAAGAACAAUGAGUUAAUUCUUGAAGAAGUAACUGAGGAGGAAAUAUAUCAUGGUUACACAAUUUCUUCUGCAUUGAACUUUAAAUUGAUGGGGCUCUCGGUGUCUAUUAAUCAAUCUGGCAAGGGGCAAUUCGGACCUGUUAAAGACCUUUCUCCACUUGGUGACAUGGAUGGGUCCUUAGAUCUUAAUGCCUAUGAUGCUGAUGGCAAUUGCAUGAGGCUCUUUAUAUCUUCAAAACCAAGCCCUUAUCAGUCUGUGCCUACAAAGGUAAUUUCUGUCCGACCAUUCAUGACUUUUACUAAUAGACUUGGGAAAGACCUUUUUAUUAAGUUAAGCAGUGAAGAUGAACCAAAGGUUCUGCGUGCAUAUGAUUCAAGAGUCUCCUUUGUAUAUCGUGAAACAGCUGGACCUGAUAAACUCCAGGUUCGAUUGGAAGACACGGGAUGGUCAUUUCCUAUUCACAUUUUGAAAGAAGACACAGUUUGCCUGGUUUUGAGAAAACAUGAUGGCAGCCAGACAUUUUUGAGAACAGAAAUUCGGGGCUAUGAAGAAGGAUCUCAUUUUAUAGUUGUGUUUCGUGUUGGGUCAACAAAUUGUCCAAUUAGAAUUGAAAACAGAACAUUUAGCAAGAUGAUUCAAAUUCGUCAGUCUGGAUUUGGUGACGAUGCCUGGAUCCAGUUAGAACCUCUUUCAACUACAAAUUUUUCUUGGGAGGAUCCGUAUGGCCAAAAGCUUAUUGAUACUGUGGUCAAUACUGGGAGCAGCAUUGCAGUUUGGCAAUUUGAUUUGGAAAAGGCCGGAGUACAUUCUGCAGAGGAUGGGGUACUAAGAAUAAAAUUUCAUGUUGCAGAUAUGGGUGAUAUUAAGGUUGCUAGGUUCACAGAGGAUGGGACACUGGGCCAAGAUUCACAUGAAAGCAUAUGGUUUUUGACACCUGCUGGAAAAUGGGAAAUUUCUCACAUGCAGGGCAAUAUGCAGUCUAAUACAUUACCUGUUGAGAUUAUAAUCGACUUGGCAAUUGUUGGGGUUUCUGUCAUUGACCAUAGACCAAGAGAACUCUGCUACUUAUACUUGGAGAGGGUCUUCAUAUCAUAUUCAACUGGCUAUGAUAGUGGAACCACGGACAGGUUCAAGCUCAUACUGGGCUUUGUGCAGCUCGACAAUCAACUCCCUUUGACAGCUAUGCCUGUGCUGUUGGUACCUGAGCAGACCACUGAUAUACAUCAUCCGGUGCUCAAGACAACCAUGACAAUGCGGAACAUGAAUACCGAUGGCGUCCAGGUGCUUCCAUAUGUUUAUAUACGGGUGACUGAAAAGCUGUGGAGGCUAAGUAUACAUGAGCCUAUUAUUUGGGCUUUGGUGGAUUUCUAUGCUAACCUACAGCUAGAUCGUCUCCCAAAAGGUUCUACCGUCACCCAAGUUGAUCCAGUGAUACGCAUCAACCUAAUAGAUGUAUCAGAAGUAAGGCUGAAGGUUUCACUGGAGACAGAACCAGCUCAGAGACCUCAUGGGGUUCUGGGCGUAUGGAGCCCCAUUUUGUCAGCUGUUGGAAAUGCAUUCAAAAUCCAGUUGCAUCUAAGGAAGGUGGUGCGAAGAGACAGAUUCAUGAGAAAAAGUUCUGUUAUUCGUGUCAUUGGAAACCGUAUUUGGAGAGAUCUGAUCCAUAAUCCGCUGCAUUUAAUAUUUUCUUUGGAUGUACUUGGUAUGACAAGUUCAACAUUGGCUUCUCUAAGUAAAGGAUUUGCUGAUCUCUCAACUGAUGGGCAGUUUCUACAAUUACGUUCAAAACAAGUACGAUCAAGAAGAAUUACUGGAGUGGCCGAUGGAAUUAUUCAUGGAACAGAAGCAUUUGCACAAGGUGUUGCCUUUGGAGUAUCUGGAGUAGUGACAAAGCCUGUGGAGAGUGCCAGACUGAAUGGUCUCAUAGGACUUGCUCAUGGGCUUGGACGAGCUUUCCUGGGUUUCAUCGUACAACCAGUGAGCGGGGCAUUAGAUUUUGUGUCACUGACUGUAGAUGGACUUGGUGCAAGUUGUUCCAGAUGCUUAGAAGUUUUCAAUAACAAGAUGACCUUCCAGAGAAUCAGAAAUCCCCGGGCAAUUCAUGUGGAUGGUACACUUAGAGAGUAUUGUGAGAGAGAAGCUGUUGGGCAGAUGAUACUUUACCUUGCAGAAGCAAGCCGGAACUUUGGCUGUACUGAAAUAUUCAAGGAGCCGUCAAAAUUUGCUUCGUCUGAUCAUUAUGAAGACCAUUUUAUUGUGCCUCACCAGAGGAUUGUUUUAGUGACCAGUAAAAGAGUGAUGCUGUUACAGUGUCCGGAUUUAGACAAGAUGGAUAAGAAACCUUGCAAGAUUAUGUGGGACGUACCCUGGGAAGAACUAAUGGCACUGGAGCUGGCAAAAGUGGGGUGCCCAAGACCUUCUCACUUGAUUCUCCAUCUCAAAACUUUUAGAAGAUCAGAAGUCUUUGUCAGAGUCAUAAAGUGUAGUGCUGAAGAAGAGUCAGGGGGACAAGAACUGCAAGCUGUUAGGAUCUGUUCAUCUGUGCAUAAGAUGUGGAAAGCAUACCAGUCUGACAUGAAAUGUGUAAUUUUAAAGGUUCCUUCAAGCCAGGGACGUGUAUAUUUUGCUUGGGGUGAAAAUGAUAGGAGAGAUCUGCUUACCCAGAGCAAGUCUAUUAUUAGGUCAAGAGAGCUCUCUCUCCCCGCCAGUUCUGCAUCUGAAGAAAAGAAAUUUGUUAAACAUGGUAUCAACUUUCUGAAGGUUUGGAACAGUGAACGACAAUCAAAAAUCAGAUAUGCACUAUGUCGAAAGCAGGUUUCGGAAGAUGAUGGAAUGUGUAGCAUUUGGAGACCAGUCUGUCCUGAGGGGUAUGUCUCCAUUGGGGAUAUAGCUCGGGUUGGCUGCCACCCUCCGAAUGUUGCUGCUGUUUACCGUAACAUUGACCAACAGUUCACACUUCCAGUGGGUUAUGACCUGGUAUGGAGGAACUGCUUAGAUGACUACAAAACUCCAGUAUCAAUUUGGCUUCCACGACCUCCAGAAGGAUUUGUCUCUCUAGGAUGUGUUGCUGUACCCAGUUUUGCAGAGCCUGAACCUGAUUUAGCAUAUUGUGUGGCAGAGUCGCUAACAAUUGGGACAAUGUUUGAAGAGCAAAAGGUUUGGUCAGCGCCUGAUUCUUAUCCUUGGGCUUGUCACAUUUACCAAGUUCAAAGUGAUGCUCUUCAAUUUGUCGCUCUGAGACAACCAAAGGAAGAUUCAGACUGGAAACCUCUGAGGGUUCGUGAAGAUUCGCAACCUCCACAGCAAAUAUCAUAAGCUCAAUGAGCAUGACCUAUUACGGUAGGUCUCUUGAAAUUUUCCUGUUCAAGAACCAAGAUAAACAUGACCUUUCCCACCACAUACCUUUUUGAAGCUCCUAUAUAACCUUCUGCAGCUGUGAUUGGCGAAAGUGUUGAAUUUGUGAAAUGUUUGUAGUCUAUAUUACAGCAACUGCGGCGUGAAAAGGUGUACACUCAAAUCAUCAAAGAAGCAGCUUUAUUUGUUCACCCCUUUUUCCCCUCAAGGUGGUGGUUCCCUCGAGGCUGUGUACAUUGUCAAGUACAACAAUGCUAUUAUGAAAGAAGUGUAUACGACAUUUGUAAAUCAUAGGGAAAAUGUCAUCUUUGUGAAAA